UAUCUUAUAUAAUACAGACGUUACUUCAAAAAAGAAGAUGAUUACGUCCUACGCGUCAUGCAUUUAGUCAUGCAUAUUAACCAAUGACUUAAAUUCUGCCAAGUCACUGGUUUUCCUGGCUAGCUCAGGCAACCCAUUCCAUGCUCUGAUAGCACUAGGGAAGAAGGAGUAUUUGUACAAAUUUGUCCUAGCAUAUGGGACGAGGAAUGUGCCUUUAUCUUUGUGUCUUUCAGAUUUUAACAAUCAAGAUGGCACAAGGCAUUAAACUAUCAAAACUAUUUCUUGCUGUUUUAUUGCUAUCUUCUGGCAUGUGGCAUUCAACAGCUGAAGAUCUAAACAUUGAUCCUAAUGGAUAUAUAGUUUAUUGUCCUUGCAUGGGUAGAUUUGGUAAUCAAGCUGAUCAGUUUCUUGGAUCUUUAGCUUUUGCCAAGGCAGUGAACAGGACUCUCGUAUUGCCUCCAUGGGUAGAGUACAGAAAAACUAGCCAUAAAGCAGUCAUGGAACCAUUUGAUACCUACUUUCAAGUUAAACCAUUCCUGCAGUAUCAUAGAGUCAUUACUAUGGAACUGUUUAUGGAAAACCUAGCACCAUAUAUAUGGCCACCUGGUAAACGAAAAGUAUUCUGCUAUGCAGCUCGCCAUGGUGCCAAACAGGAUGAAUGCAAUGCCAAAGAUGGUAGUCCAUUUGGUCCUUUCUGGGACUGGUUCAAUGUAAACUUUGAUGAGUCUGUGAUCUUUGGGCCACUUUUUUAUGACACAGAAAGUCCAAUGGCCAUGAGCCAAUGGCAGGAAAAGUAUCCAAGUGAAGAGUACCCGGUGCUAGCCUUUGUUGGUCCACCUGCUGGGUUCCCUGUGUCUGCCUACCAUGCCAAACUUCAUAAGUACAUGAAAUGGUCAGAGCAGUACAGCAACAUGGCUGAUAUAUUUAUCAAAGACAAAAUACCAGACAGGCCAUUUAUUGGCAUUCAUUUGAGAAAUGGGCCAGAUUUUGAGCGGGCUUGUGAACAUGUGACCAGUACGCCAACAAUGUUUGCAGCCAAACAAUGUAUAGGAGAAAGGGGAGAGUAUGGCCCCACGACUCAUGAGAUGUGUUUACCAUCCACUAAUACCGUCACUCAACAGUUAAAGAAAGAAGUGGAAAAACAUGGGGCUAAAACUGUUUUCAUAGCCACAGAUUAUAAUGAUUUGAUGUCAGAGUUUGCUCAAGUGAUCCCAACUGUUAAACUUGUGAAGCAACCAUUUCCUGCCAACCCCUUACUAGAUCUGGCUGUUCUGGGUAGAUCUGAUCAUUUCAUUGGGAACUGUAUCUCAACAUUUACAGCUUUUGUUAAAAGAGAGAGAGAUACAAACAGGGCUUCCACUUCUUUCUGGGCCUUUCAGAAAAGGAGGAAAAGAAUUGAAUUGUGAUGUUUUUUUUCCUACAUUGAGAUCCUUCACUGAAAGCAAUAACUGUCACCCACACUUAGUUCAAUGAAAAAAUCUAAAAUAUUUUUUCAUGUCUACAGUAUUAUACAUAUAUAUAUUUUUAUUUUUUUUUAUUGUAGAUUGGUUUAUUUUGAUGAAGUUUUUCUGUGUUUAUUUUUAUUUUGGGUGCUACUAGUGUUCUCUGACAAUGACCUGUCAAGUUAUUGUUCUUGUUAGUUGACAGUUCAUAAUUGGAAUGUUAUUCAAAUGAUACUUUUGCCAUUCACUGCCAUUAUGUAUUUAUUCAGCUGUAUUUAUUGACUGUAUCCUGCUUACCAUUAACUUAUUCAAUUUCUUUUUAUACUGAAUAUUGACACUUAUUUUGUAACAUUUAUACAAAACAAAGCUGUUAUUAAAAAUACUUUUUUAAUUUAGGCAUCAUAUGUUUGAUAUAUUUUUAAAAAUAUACAUAGUCUGGAUGUUAUAAUUGUUAUUAUUGAUUUUGUAUAGUGUGUAUUAUAUGCUUCUAUUGUCACUGGGCUUGUGGAGGAUAGGGUAUCUAGAGGUUCUGUGGAGGAAGAAAGUUCCACUGCUGCAUUUAUAUACUUUUUAUAUCAUAGAGUAUCAUUAAAAAUGGUUGCAAAAAAUUAUGAAACUUGUAUUUUGAGCAUGCUUGCUUUUUUUUUUUAAUAUUAUAUUAAUAAGAGAAUCUCUGAUAUGUAGAUAAUCUGAUGUGAAAUAAGCAAAGGUGGCCUAAACAAGGGAAACUACUCUUAAUAUCUGAUACUACAGAAGUGUUUCUUUUGUUCUUAAGAGCUCAUUACCAUUAUCUUAAAUAUGUAUAUAACUAGCCAGAUAUUACCUGCUGCCCGUGGUUCUUAACUUGCGUGUCAAUGAUGUAGUUACUGAUAUAGUUUAUAAGUAACAAUUAAAGAAAAUAAUAAUGUUAUAAGUAAAGUGAAUUCAUGAAUAUAAAAAUAUUAUGAAUGGAGCUAAAAAUAGCUUAUCAACCUAAAUGCAAUUUUUUAAUGAAAAUAUUGGCUUUUGUAUAGAUUUAUAUUUAGAAGCAUGCGAUAUCAAGAAUAGAGUUGCAUCUAUGGCGAACGAAUGUAUGUAAAAAUGCUUUAGAAAUAUAAAUUUGAAGGUUAAUUUGAUUUAAAUAUGAAAUGAAUGGACUAUAUUUUGUAUGUUCAUGUGUUAAAGUAUAAAGUAGUUCUGUCAUCUUAGAAUUAGAUCAAGAGUUAGAGUUAGACCUAGACAUCGGAUGUUUGUGUGCAAGCGUGACCUUUCCCCUCUUGUCUCAUGUAAACAUGUCUAGUUGGAUUCUAAAAUACAUCAGGACGUCUAAAUUCACAGAUAUAAGGAACGAAUUUAUGUGAAAAUGCUUUUGAAACAUACAUUUGAAGAUUAAUUUGAUUAAAUAAUGAAAUCAUAGACUAUAUUUUGUAUUGUCAUGUGUCAAAGUAAAAAACUAUCUGUGCAAAAUGUAUAUAGGUCUAAAAAUUAGAUCUAGAUCUAGAUCCUUUCAAUAUUGUCUCAUGUAAACAUGGCCUAGAUCCAUGAAAUAGUAAUACUUUCAUAGAGUUGAGCAACUUUUUUUUUUGAGGGUCUUAAGUUUGUUUUAGGGCUAUAGAUAUGUUACAGUUCCAGUUAGUACCCAAAGAACAUUUAUGCCAAGUUUUAUCAAGAUUGGUCAAAAGGUUUUGAUUUCUAUUGGGACAUACGAACAUACGCCUUACUUUCUACUUUACAGUAUAGAUAUAUUGGGGUCAGUGCCUUAACAUUUUUCAGUGGAUUUCACUAUAUAUUUAUAUAGUUGUAACUAUGGUCUAUAAUUAUGUAGAACAGGUUUAAGAAAUAUUAUUCAUAUCCUAAUUCUGAAAUCAGUUGUGGUGAUGUAAAUAAAGAGCCAAAUUUUGUUUUUUGGUUCUGUAUUAUUUUAUAUUUUGGGUGUAAUUUUCAACUAUAGUAGAUCUAUUAUUGAUGUAGCUAGAAAUUUUCUUCUAUAUUUUUAUUUUUUAUUUAUGUUAAUCAUAAAGUUACUCCAAACAUUAAAUUGGAAUAAAUAGGUUAUUUAUUAUUAACAGGUUUAUGCGCAAAAAAUUUGUAAAUUUGUAAAAAGACUACAAUACAUCAGUUAUUACAUGUACAAAGUAUUUGAGUGCUUAGAUUGCAAUUACAGGUUUGAACAAAUGGGAGUUUUUGCUUAAGGCAUUGACUAACUAAAUAAAGCAAAAAUUACUCACAUUUCACUUGGUGGAGGAUUACUUUUUUUUUAUAAUUGACCUAUUUAUAUAAUGUUAGUUUGUUUCACGGGUUUGGGAUGUUCACAAAAAGUCAUCUAUUGUUAUAUAUGAUUAUACCCUGCUGUUUCUAAACAUAGACAUGUUUCUGGUGGUUGUUUGUUUCAGUUUGAUCUGUUGCUUGUCAUUUAUUUUUAAUUAACUUUUUUUUAUCUGCCAAAAUUGAGAUAAGACUAAAUGUGGGUCAACAAAAAUGGCUAAGGUGGAUUUUUCGAAGUCAUUUACAGAAAUCAGAUCACAAACAAGGAAAUUCAAUGCCGAACUUGGAAUUGACCUCUUAAUGAGAUUGUGACUGAGCGUUGCAUGAGGUUUGCAGGACAAGUCCUCCAACAGAAUAAAUUAUGUAUGCCAAGAGCUGCAAUGACAUGGAAGUCAAUACAAGGAAAGCGCAAACAGGGACGUCCUCGUAUAACUUGAUGCCACACUUUCAUGGAGGACCUUGGAGCAGUGGACACCAUGUGGGAAGAGGCUUCAGACAUUGCCAGUGACAGAUCUUUAUAGCUUGCACCUCAUGGCGUGGGAGGGUCUAAGUCUGAGUAGGUUUGAACUUGAUGAAUGUUAUUAAUAACAAAACCAUAAAUUAAAUUUGCAUUGCAUAUUUUUUCUGACAGUCAUUUUAAAUGUAUUUAUUCAAUAGAUCAAUAAGUUUCCCACUAUAUAGUCUAUAUACAAGACAUGAAAGAUUAAGAUUCAAAAAAUAUAAAAUCAUUAUUGUGUUAGUCAAAUCCUAGACUGUGUGUAUAGAUAAGUAGGCCUAAAUGGAUGUACAUACAUUAAAGAACAAAGUCAUAUGUAACCAAAUGUUUACAUUUUCUGACUUCAUGUUUGUUGUAAAUAAAAAAUGAUAAGA